AGUCUUUUUAGUUCGGUCUGAGGUUUAAGUCGUAGCGUAUGUACAGUACAUAAAACAUUUUUUAGGUACAAAACGUACAUAAGGUGAUAAAUAAUAUAAGUAAACAAAAAAAUAUUCAACGUUUAUAGAACAAAUUUUGUUUAUUAAAAAGGCGUUAUAUUCAUAACAGCGUCAGCGCAAUCGAAGCGUUCUCAUUGUUUAAAGUGGCAGCUGCCGAUAUUUUUAAUUUUAAACGAGUACAAAAAAGCAGAUGCCGAUGCUGAUACAGUUAAAGAAAAAUAAAAACAAGCAUUCUGUUGUUUUAAGAUUUUCAAAAUUGAAAAUAUUUUAAACGUGAAAUUUAUUUAAUAAGUGUUAAAAUCUGUGUUGAUGAUAAUUGUGUUUCCCAAAAAGCAAAAAAAUAAAAAAACGUCAUGAAAUAUCUAAAAGUGUACAACGUAAUUCGGGUGUUAUUUCUUUCCUUGAUUUAUAUUAUACCUUCAAUUUCUUCAUCACCUACCACUGGGUCUCAUGAAGGCUAUCACCUUCAUUCCAGUAGCAGCUUUCCCUUAUCAUCUGGCAUGCGUUAUGAUGAUUGGCGUAGAAUUGAAUCUAUGGAUUCGAACGGAUUAUAUCUCUUGGAAUGGUGGACUCAAACAAAGGAUAUUUAUUUUCGUGUUACCGUAAAUACUCAAGGAUUUAUUGGAUUGGGUUUUUCGCGAAAAUCCACUCGGAUGUCUGGCUCAGAUUUGGUUCUCCUUUGGGUUGAUGAUCAUACAGGAAAGCCAAAUGCUUUGGAUUGUCAUGGACCACAGACAGGAAAUGGUGCCCCAAUUCAGGACGACACUCAAAAUUACAUUGUUGUAAACGGACUUCAGAAUGCAACUCACACUCAAGUUGAGUUCUUUCGACAAAUUGAAACAUGUGAUCCAUAUGAUCUGCCGCUUGGGGCGGACACAAUAAAAGUUUUAUGGUCAUUUGGUGAUAAAGAUCCAAUUCAUGGUAAUCUAAAAGGGCAUGGAACAAACAGAGGAAUGAAACCGUUACAUUUAUUAGCACCGUUGUUUAAAAAACCAAGUAAUCGAAAUGAAUUCAAAACAUGGGAUGUUACAGUUCAGAAUGUAUCAAUUGAAGCUAACAUGGACACAUUAUAUUGGUGUAAAAUUAUCAGAGCCCCAAUGCUUCAAGAAAAGCACCAUGUUAUUGGGUACGAAGCACUUUUAACAAGAGAAAGUUCUACAGACCAACCGUUGGUGCAUCAUAUGACGCUUUUCGAGUGCUCUACUAAAUCAUAUCCUGGUUCAGAUCCAGCGUCGUGGGAUGUGUGGGUUAAAAGUAGUGGUGCUGUGUGUAACAGCAAUUUAUUAACCCCACGUGACUGGGAUUCAUGCAUAACUCCGGUAGCAGUUUGGUCUAUAGGAUCCACAGGUCAAUUUUUGCCACAGCAUGUUGGCAUACCGUUAGGUGGAAAAACUGGCCCAAAGUAUUACAUGCUCGAAAUCCACUAUGAUAAUCCCAACUCUCAUCGAGUUAUCGACCAUUCCGGUUUUAGAAUUCAUUAUACACGUCAUUUAAGGAAGAACGAUGGUGGAAUUAUGAUAUCUGGUGUUUCAAUUUCCGAUACUCAAUUAAUUCCACCUGGACAGAAACUUUAUCGUAAUAUUGGGAUCUGUGGACCAUCUUGUUCGAAUGUUAUGUUUCCUGAAAAUGGCAUUAAAAUUAUAUCUGGAACAUUACACUCCCAUAGAGCGGGUCGUAAAAUGAGUCUGCGUCAUAUUCGAAAUGGCAAAGAAAUGGAACGAAUCAUCGAGGAUGACAAUUACGAUUAUAACUACCAACAGGUGCGUCAACUGGAAAAUGAAACUGUUGUUUUGCCAGGUGAUUAUAUCAUAACGGAUUGUGCAUAUGAGACAACUAACCGAAAGCGGCCAACAUUUGGAGGUUACUCGACAAAACAAGAGAUGUGCUUAUCGUUCAUUACUUAUUACCCAAAAAUUGAUUUGGCAGGAUGUUACAGUAUGACACCAGUUAGAGAAUUCUUUGAGACGUUUGGAGUUUAUCAAUUCUAUUCUUUGAAUAUGACAGAUGUUGAAAACCUCUUUUUAUACAACGGAAAUAUUCUUGACUUGUUACCGAAUACAAUAUUCCCAAAAAUUCCAAAAAAAAAUCGUACCAAAGGAUCUACCUCGUAUGCCGAUGAAAUGGAUAUGCUUUAUGAAGAAUCCUUGUUGAAUAAAUUAAUCAUUUCGGAUCCGGUGGAGUUCCAUGACAGGACAUUUUUAGCACAUCUCAAUCAAUUACCAUGGUCAGAGCCACUGUUCACAAAGCGAGUAGAACAGAGUAUGAUAACUGGAGAGCACAUGACAUUUUGUCGAGUGUCCAACGAAUCAAUAUCAAUUCCAUCUGAAAUAAUACGAUACCCGAAUUUUACGACUUUCGUAAAACAACCAAGUCUGUGUCCUUAUCACAUUCCAAUGAACUCACUGUCACCACAAUCAAUUCGAAGGCUUCUUGGAGGCCAAUGGCCAUUUUUGCCAUUGCUAGUGUAUUAUAUGGUGUUACUAUCGACCUAAGGACGUUUGUCCCGACAGUCAAUUUACUUGCAUAUUUAAUUUAUUUUUAUUUAUUCGAAAUUAGUUAAUUUAAGGAAAUAAAGGCGACAUGCUGUGUACAUAGAACAUUUAAUGCUUAUAGAAGCGAAAAUGCCGAGUCAUAUAUUUUAAGAAUUUAAAUCCAAAGAAUCAUACAUUUAAGAAUAAUAAACAAAUAUUUACAGUAAAUUAAAAACAAACUAUCUAUUUUUGUAUUAAUUUAUUAUGAAUUUUGAAACAAUAAAUA